AUGAGUGGUCUUCUCUAUCUAGAUGUGUCACAAAAUUCUAUAGAGGAAGAAGUUCCACAAGAUAUUGGAGAACUGAAGGCCAUUGUACUAUACUUUUACAGUAACAACCUUUCAGGUGUAAUACCUAGUAGAUUGGGGGAACUCCCGCACCUGCAGUAUCUUGACCUAUCAAACAAUUCAUUUUCCAACCAAAUUUCAUUAUCCUUUUCCAACUUGAUAAGCUUAGAAUACUUGGAUCUGUCCUUAAAUUCCUUGUCAGGUACUCUUCCUAAGUCCUUGGAAAAACUCUCAUACCUUACAAGCAUUAAUGUUUCAUUUAAUGUUUUAGAUGGUGAGAUACCAAGUGGUGGCGUGUUUGUAAAUUCCACUCUGCAAUCAUUUCUUGGGAAUAAAGGUCUAUGUGGAAUGCACAUAUUGGAGGUUCCUGAUUGCCCUAUCACUAAAUCUGGACAACAAUCAAAGUCUAAGAAGCUUGUGCUAAAAAUUGUUAUUCCAGUGGUUACUUCUUCCUUUAUGACAUUCUUGUUGGUCUCAAUUUGGAUAAUGAAAAGGACGAAGAUAGCAAAGUCCAAAGAUGCUGAAAAGAUUCAACGAGCAAUAAGUAAUUUUGAUGGAUCAAAUUUAAUCGGUGUGGGAAGUUCUGUCUCUGUGUACAAAGCAACAUUAUCUAGCAGAACUGUGGUGGCUAUAAAGGUUUUGGAUUUGGAAAAUGAGCAAGUAUGGAAGAGGUUUGAUAUCGAAUGCGAAGUGAUGAGAAAUGUUAGACAUAGAAAUCUUGUCCCUCUGAUUACUACUUGUUCUAGUGAGUAUAUAAGAGCCUUUGUUCUGCAAUAUAUGUCCAACGGGAGCCUUGAGAAUUGGUUGUACAGAGAAGAUUGCCAAUUGAACCUUAACCAAAGAGUCAUUGUGAUGCCAGAUGCAGCUAUGGAAAUUGAAUAUCUACAUCAUGGUAAUGAAACUCCGAUAGUUCACUGCGACCUAAAGACAUCAAACAUUCUUUUGGAUGAAGAUAUGGUGGCUCAUGUUGGUGAUUUUGGCAUCUCCAAAAUUUUAGCGGUAAGCAAGUCUAUGGAACACACCAAGACAUUGGGCACUCUGGGAUAUAUUGCUCCAGAAUAUGGCUCGGAGGGAAUAGUAUCCACUAGUGGUGAUGUUUAUAGUUACGGAAUCAUGUUGAUGGAGGUUUUGACCAAAAGACGGCCAACAGAUGAAGAGAUAUGCAAUGAGAAUCUCGACUUGAGGAAAUGGAUAACACAAUCAUUUUCAGGAACUAUGCUGGAAGUUGUGGAUGCCAAUCUUUUUCCUGAGGAAGAACAGAUCACUUCUAAAGUUGAAAUCUGCAUAGCUUCCAUGGUCGAGUUGGCUUUAGAUUGCACAAAGGAAAAUCCAGAAUCAAGAAUAACCAUGAAAGACGUAGUCAAGAGGCUUAACAAAAUCAAGAACACAUUUCUGGAAACGUAG